AGGAGCUGCAGGUGGAAAGCUAGAGCCCUAAUCUAAACUCCACAGGAAACCCCUGAACUUCCUAUACCCCGGGAAAGGCCUGGGCUGAAGCUGGGGACACAGCCGCCACAGAGGAAGGUGCCAAGUAUUUGCCACUCACCCGGGCGGAGGCAGCGACCUGGGCAUCCGACCCCGGGAGCAAGCGCGGGCCCCAAGCCUCUUCACAUGCUGCCCAGCUGACCCUUCUCCCGCAACUCCCCUUCCCUCAAUAUUCCCUCCCCGACCGCCCCCUCCAUCAUUCACGGCUCGUCCACACGCCACUAAUACAGGUGGCAAUAACCCUGAAAUUCUGAAAACAGAAUAAAGAAUUGCAUGAUGAUGCAACUUGGGACUUCUGGGCAAUCCACUGUUAGAGAAGAUUGAGGAUCCCACUUCUUAAGGAUAAAGAUCUUGUUCUAAUUAUCUUCUCCAAAAUCACUGAAUAAGUCACCAAGAAGAUGGAUUGGAGUACACUGCAUACCUUCAUUGGGGGUGUAAAUAAACACUCCACCAGCAUAGGGAAGGUCUGGAUUACUGUCCUCUUCAUUUUUAGAGUCAUGAUUCUUGUUGUAGCUGCUGAAGAAGUGUGGGGAGAUGAGCAAGAAGAUUUUGUCUGUAAUACUCUGCAGCCAGGAUGCAAAAAUGUUUGCUACGACCACUUCUUCCCUGUUUCUCACAUCAGACUUUGGGCCCUGCAGCUGAUUUUUGUCUCUACUCCAGCACUUCUGGUAGCCAUGCAUGUUACAUAUAAUAGACAUGAGAAAGAAAGACAAUUUAGGAAAGGAGAGAAAGGGAUUGAAUACAAGGACUUAGAAGAAAUUAAAAAACAGAAGGUUCGAAUAGAGGGGUCUUUGUGGUGGACUUACACUAGCAGUAUUUUCUUUAGAAUUAUCUUCGAAGCCUCCUUUAUGUAUGUGUUUUACUUUCUUUACAAUGGCUAUAAUCUACCCUGGGUGGUGAAAUGCAGUAUUGAUCCUUGUCCCAAUAUUGUGGACUGCUUUAUUUCAAGACCCACUGAAAAAUCUGUUUUUACCAUUUUCAUGAUUGCAGCAUCUGUGAUUUGCAUGCUGUUAAACGUGGCUGAAUUAUGUUAUUUACUGAUGAAACUGUGUUUCAGAAGGUCCAGAAGAGCACAGGUUCAAAGAAAUCACCCCAAUCACACCAUAAAAGAAAGCAAACAAAAUGAAAUGAAUGAGUUGAUUUCAGACAGUGGCCAAAAUGCAAUCACAGGUUUUCCAAGUUAAAGGAUUUUAAAUUAAAAUAAAAUUACUAACGAGAAACCUGUAACCUUCACCUACAGCAGCUGGGUACCAAUACCAAAUAUUUACUCUCUCUAGGUUGAUUUUUUAAUGGCUACCAAUGACAUUCAUAACAAAUAGAGAUUUAAAGGAAAUUUUUUAGGAGAAUUAAUCAUCUACAUUAUCAGAAAUGUAGUGAAAAAUUCUGUAAAAAUGGAAAGACUAAAUUGACAGUUGUGUACUAAAAUAUUUUUAAGUCUAUCUUGAGUAGACAUCUGUCUUACCCUCUCAGGGGGUGUGUUUCCUAAAAAGUUAUUAAAUAUUCAACUGCUAGGAGGGAGGAUAUAUUUUGUCUAGAGAGUAAUACUGUUAUUAUUACAAAUGUUUUUUAUAGCAUUACUUGUCUUAGUUCUGAAUUCCUAUUCAUAUAAAAAGUAUUUUUAUAAUGUUAGGUGUUCCAUGUUACUUAAGUAUGAUGUAGUACACAGGUAAGUCAUGAAAAUAGCUGCAGUAUUCUUGGGGGGGGUGAGUGAAACUGUAAGUUUUAAUAAUGACACUGCAGUUAUUUAAACUUUUAAAUUAUAGAAAAAUCUGUUUUGUAAAUGCAGUAUGUUACAAGGCUCAAUGACAACCAUAUGACCAAUAGUGAUACUAUCAAAUGAUGAGGGAAGAGGGGAGAAUUCUGGCUCUUGUAUGUGUUCUUCAAUACACUUGAAGUGCUUUGUUUGUCGUACAAUGUGUUUUCACUGCAAAAAUGUACCUUUCAGAAGACAUACAGAACUAUAUGAAUCUGGGUGCCUUUAAAAAAAAGAAAGAAAGAAAAAAACUAGCCUGGAAACUGGAUUUCAGCCUGUGAAGAGUUGAAACAUGAAUGUGAUCACCUGAAUAAAAGAAAAACUCUAUUGCUUAAAA